AUGGCGGACACGGUGCAGAUCACGAUGGAGAAGAUGGUGCCGGAGCUGGAGGACCUGCAGGCGCGCAAGCUCUUCUCCGCGGACGAGAUCCGUCAGGUCGUGGACAAACGAAGAGGCUUCGAGUACUCGCUCCGUCGCGUGCCGUUGCGCAAGAUCGACGCGAUGCGGUACAUUGAGUACGAGCUGAAACUGGACGCCCUGCGUGCAGCGCGGAAGACACGACUUGGGCUUGAGAAGGUCACGCUUGGUGACGUCGCAGGGGUCAAGCGCGUGCACAACAUCUUUGACCGCGUGCUGUUCAAGUACCGGGGCAGCGUCGAGCUCUGGCUGCAGUACGUGGCGUUUUGCAAGCGAGAAGGCAGCAGUCGCGUGUUGUCGUCCGUCUUUUCAAGAGCACUGCAGUCGCACCCACGCAGUGCGCAACUCUGGAUUGAAGCAGCGUCGUAUGAGUUCAGUGUGAACCUCAAUGUGGACUCGGCCCGCGUGCUUAUGCAACGUGCCAUUCGCUUGAAUAAGCACCACCAGAAGCUGUGGCUCGAGUAUUUUCGAUUGGAACUUUUGUACGUGCAAAAGCUGGCGAUGCGUCGUCAUGUGUUGCAACUAGAAGAUGCAGGGGAAAAGGUUGUGGACGAUGGAUCGACCGUGCUCAUUGACACGCUUUUGGAGGAAAAGGAGGCAGAAGAGGACAAAAUCUCGGACGAAAUGGCUGCGACCGUGAUAGCUAGGAAGACUGUACUGCAAGGAGCCAUUGCAAAGAUUGUGUACACUAGUGCAGUAGCGGCCAUUCCUAACGAUGUGGUGUUUCGCCUUGAGUUCGUGAAGAUCCGUGAUCUGUUUGGUGCUUAUACGGCUGCAGCGCUAUCGGACUUCAUUCUGCAGGACUGCGUCACAAACUUUCCGAGGAGCGAAGUCGUGCACGCUGCAAAAGCACUUCGCCCGCUGUUGGCCAUUGAAGACAAAGCUGCUUUUUAUUCAAGCAAGCCUGUGGAAGAAGAUGGAAUCGGUGUGUCGGCUGAGGCAAAUCAUCGAGCUGAGCAGGAGGUAGUACACAAUUUUGAGUCAAGCGUCAAGGAGCUCGACACUGUGUCGAUCAAGGAAAUGUUUGCAGAGUGGAUGACGACGCGCCUGGCCCCUUCCAACCAGACGGCGUUCUUGCUAGAGUAUGCUCGCGUCAAGCUAAAAGAGUUGGUUCUCGCAAAGCCAAGCAGUUCAUCUCUCGCGAUGAAGUACAUUGACUUGAUCCACCGCACGAAUGGUACGGAUGAAGCGCUAGUGGUUGUGCGUAAGAUUUGCGACGAGUGGCUUCCACAAUCCUCAGAGAUGUGGCUGCUGCAGUCUCAGCUUGUGCUCCACGCUGAUCACGAAGAAGUCGACAUGAACCAGUCGCCCUCUGCUAAGCGUUGCCGGACUUCGCGUGGAGAUCGCUCGACGACUGCUGUCUAUAAAAGCAACCCGUUAGGUGCUGCUGUGUCGAUCUUGCAGACAGCACUAGUGAAGAUUGCACCGGAAGAUUACGACGCGCAGUUUGCAGUUCGCAGCCGACUCGUGCAAUUACUUGUUAGUAUCGAUGAGACUCCGAACGUCGUUGAGAAGGUAUUCAAGGAUGCCCUUGGCGCAUUGAAACGUGGAUCAACACACUGGAGCGCUAUACGCCAGCAGUAUUUGGCUUGGUCUGCUUGCCGGCGGUCUCUGGAGCACGUCCGCUCGCUCUACACCAAGUUCAUGGUGGAUGAGCAGCUGUUGCCAUGUCCUGAGACGUACUCGUUCCUGCUGCUAUGUGUGGACAUCGAGACUUCGGUCGCGUCGGUAAACGUGGCGUCAGUGCGGAAACUAUUCGAGAAGCUGGUGGAGUUGUUUGGCUCGACGCGUGAAGAAGUUUGGGUGUUGUACGUGCGCUGCCUUGUCGAACGUCUGGGACUGUUCACCGACGCGACGCGCAUUCAGCAGCGCGCACUCCGCAUUUGGAAAGAGUCUCCUGCACUCAUGCAGCUCGCUGCCACUGGCACGUAA